UCAGCAUUCCGCUUAGUCACUUUGGCGGAGUCUGUGAACUUCAGCUGCGUCGAGGCUCUGCGGAAAACUGUCUGCGCUCAGCCGCAACACUCGAGUCUGGAGCAUCAAGAGCAGGGUCCAGAUGGAAGAAGCAGAUAAAGUUCCCCCCGCUGCGCCCGAAGGAGCCCCGCGCGAUAUCACCGUGAAGGAAGCCGCUGCGGUCUCUCCGACGCCGGCAGACGAGACGCCGAACCGCGCGGAGAACACUAGUCUUACUAGCAUUACUACUGCACAGACCACUGAGGUAACUAGUGCUCCAGAGACGACUGAGGUUACUAGUGCUCCACAGAUUACUGAAGAAACUAGUGCUCCACAGAACAUUGAAGUAACUAGCGCUCCACAGACGACUGAGGUAACUAGUACUCAACAGAUUACUGAAGAAACUAGUGCUCCACCGAUGACUGAGGUAACUAGUACUCAACAGACGGAAGAAACUAGUGCUCCACAGAAAAUUGAGGUAACUAGCACUGAACAUGCCACUAAAGAAACUAUUAGUCCACAGACCGAGGUAACUAGUUCUCCAGAGACAGCUGGUGCUUCACAGAUAACCGAAGAAACUAUUAGCUUUACUCCACAGAAAACUGAACAACCGAGUGCUCCCCAGAUGAAUGAAGAAACGAACAUCACACAGACAUCUGUAGUGACCGGAGCUUCACAGAUAACUGAAGAAACUAGCGCUCCAGCUGAGAUAACUAGUGCUUCACAAAUUAGUGAAGAAGCCAGUGCGCCACAGGUGACUGAGAUAACUAGUACUGCGCAGACAGCUGAGGUUACUAGUACUCCUCACAUGACUGAAGAAACUCUUACUCCUCAAAGAUCUGGUGCUGCUCCACAGAGAGGUGAAGAAAGCUCGACUACCCAGAUAGCUGAAAUAAGCAGCACUUGGCAGGUAACCGAGGAUACUAGUCCUCCAGAGACCGCUGGGGCCCCGUCCCGUGAACCGGAGCCGAGGGAGGAGAGCGUGACUGCGGCUCCGGAGGAGGAGGAGGAGGAGGCGGCUCCCCGGGGAGGAGCGCGCUCAGAGCCGUCAGCAUCCCGUGAGUAUCGCGCUGAUUCCGCGCUGCUCGUGCGUGAUGCGGCUUUUCUGGAUCACAGCGAUCCGACGCGCGUCUCUCUGAUCGACGCUGUGUGCGCUGCUGAGGACCCGGCGCUAUCGCAUGAACCCGAACCCUCUGCCGCUGCCGUCGCUCCUGCUCUUCUUCAGUUUCCAUCAGACCUCUGCGAUUCUCCACCCGUAGCUUCACGGGCCAGCCCUAGUCUUGCUAUGGAUCCAUUAGGACAUAAGGACUCGGCAGCGUUCGACUCAGAUCUGCUGAGCCAGUCCGAUGACGACUUUAUGUUUGAAACGAAAAAGAGUCCAUUCCAGGCAUUUCCCCCCGUAAGCGAUGUUGAGGAGACCACCGCUGGCAGGAGAUCAGUGGAGGUGUCAGAGAGUCCGUCUCCAGACCUGGUGCAGGACGCCUGUGAUGAAGGCCAUGCAUCGUCAGAGGAGCUCAAACUGGAGACUGAUGCUGACGCACCGGUCUCCCUUUCGUAUGCACAGUCCGACCUUUAUUCAAACAUCAACACAACAUCUGAUGACCGACCAACUUCUCUUCCAGAUAUUCUCAAGUCGUCUCCACUCAACCCUGACAAACUGGACUCAGGCUCAUCAGAAGGAAGCCCUGAUUUCAGCCCAGUUCACAAAAGUGUGGAUGAGUCCCCAAAUUCCCCGUUCCCUGCUAACAAUCCCUUUGGGUUUGACUCCAAGAUCUUGCUGCUGAAGGAGAUGGCCGAGGAGACAGAGGCCAGAGCUGUGGAGAAGGCCAAGCUAGAAGUGGAGAACAACCCCGAGCAGAGUUUCACAGCUUUCGAUCUUGUGAAAGAGACAGAUGUGCCUCUGAAGAACGACAACCUUGUGAAGGACAAAGAGGUGAUCAGCCAGACCGCGGAUCAGCCCGCUGACAGGUUCGAGUGUCUCGGCUUCCCUGAUGGAAACACUCGAGAGCCGUGUGAUUCUGAGAGUCCAUCCGCAGACUCCUUCUCUCCGGUGCUGGACGCAGUCACGCAGGAGCGGCGAGCCAUCCAGGAGGCGGUGGACACCGCCGAGGAGGCCUCGGAGCAGGAGGUCUCGUCUGAAGAGUUCGAGUUUGUGGAGCGGCCGCCGGGAGGAGCCGCUGAGGAGUUUCUGGAAAUGCAGGAUAGCCUGGCCUUCAGUAAACCCUCAGAAAUACCACAGGAUGAAGACAGAUCUCCUAAACUUGAGUCUCAGGAGACGGCAGAUCCUAUGCCUACGACCGAAGACGCAGACAAACAAAGCUCUUACCAUCUCCUCAGCCAGGCGUCAGACAAACCUUCUCCUGCGAGAGGUAAAGCGGGCCUGGAGUCCGAUCUCCAGGAAGUCUCCCCAGCUCCUGUAAUCCGUGCUCCAGCGGAAAAACCCCGAGCCGAGGAGAAGGAAGCUGAAGGCAGCAAGUGUGAUCCGAGCGCAGCGGCAGUGCUGGAGCUGCUGUACUGGAGGGAUGUGAAGGCCAGCGGGCUGGUGUUCGGCUCCAGCCUCUUCCUCCUGCUCUCCCUCCUCAGCUGCAGCAUCAUCAGUGUCCUGUCCUACUCUACGCUGGCCCUGCUGUCCGUCACCAUCUCCUUCAGGACAUACAGGGGAGUCCUGCAGGCUGUCCAGAAGUCUGAUGAGGGCCAUCCAUUCAAACCAUACCUUGAUCAGGAUGUAGCUCUGUCUAAAGAUGUGGUGCAGAGGCACAGUGACGUGGUUCUGAGCUGGAUCAACGGGGCGCUGAAGGAGCUGAGGCGUCUGUUUCUGGUGGAGGACCUGAUCGACUCGCUGAAGUUCGCGGCCUUUCUGUGGGUCCUCACGUAUGUUGGUGCCUGGUUUAAUGGACUCACGCUGCUCAUUCUCGGUCUGAUCGGAGCUUUCAGCGGCCCAAUAGUCUAUGAGAGACAUCAGGCUCCGAUCGAUCAGUUGGUUUUCACGCUGAGGAGCCAGGUGAAGGAUGUGUUUUCCCAGAUUCAGGCCAAGGUCCCUGGAGCCAAGAAGAAGGAUGAGUGAUUCUGGAGCGGCUCUGAUCUUCACUCCUUAUCUUCAGCUCUAUCUCUGUCUCUGUCUAUUUUCCUCACUCUUCGGUUCAUUCACAUGACUGCAUCUUCAUCAAGUUGCUCUGAUACUGAUUGUGAAACACUGGUUGCAGAAUAAUUGAAAUAUCUUGUUUCGUGGUUCGAGAAACGUGGUUUUGAUCCUUCAGAAAAUGAAAUGCACUUCAGGUCUGCUUUCUUUUUUUAAUGAGGGAAGUUGGAGAGUACCAGUAUUGGCUUUUUCGUGUUGUUUUAGUUCCUAUGACUGUGAUUUUACUUGAUUGAAUGGAGUUUCUCUGUCAUACUCGGCUGUCUUAGCAACUUUUCUAGGUAUCAAGACGUUUGAGCUCCCCUGCAAGAUCAUCUCUGGAUGAACACGUUUACAUGAAGCUUCCUCAACAGAAGUUAUUGUAUUUAAAUCUAUUUAUCUCUGGACCGAUUGCUAAAGCGAGCAGCGUUUGCCAUGCCAAUAACUGUGAAUGAAACGCGUCCUGUUGUCUGAACUCUGUGAAUGCAUUUUGAGAUGUUAAUGAGAUAAACUAAUAAAGCUUCUAGAUCAA